AUGGACAUAUUUUUCCAUGUGUCAGCACAGCGUUGGAUCCUGUUUGACGAAGAGUCAAAGCCUAAACGUGAGGGCAGAGUGCGACUGGUGGGGGAUCUGCCGUCAUCUGGUCGUGUGGAGGUCUACCAUGAUGGACAGUGGGGUACAGUUUGUGAUGACGGAUGGGAACUGGCUAAAGCACAAGUGGUGUGUCGUGAGCUGGGUUUUCCUGGAGCUAUAUCGGUUACGCCUGGAGGACAAUAUGGUGAAGGUUCUGGUCCAAUCUGGCUGGAUGACAUGAACUGUAAAGGCUCGGAGAGCUCAUUGUCUGAAUGCAGCUUCAAAGGCUGGGGUGUUACUGACUGCUCACAUGCAGAGGAUGCAGGAGUGGUCUGUGAGACUGGUUCAAACAUAACCAGCAAUCGUCAGUUCUUUCUGGAUAACAGUCUGGGUUUGUCUGAUGAUCUUGGUCUUCUGUUUGACAGUGGAGAUGGUUGCGAUUUCAGAAUUAAUGUACGAGAUGUCAGUGAAGAGGAAGAAUUGACAUUCUGUGUGCACAGCAUGAUCCUCAUGUUUUAUCCAGAACUAAACAUAACAAAUUACUCCAGAAACCUCACAGUGGAUGUCAGCCAGACCUGCCAUCCUCAUGUCUCUGCUUUUCUUAUGUAA